AUGGACCUGCAUACCUACGCCUACCUUCGAGCUCUUUGCCAGAGACACCAAGCAAUGUUCGAACAGAUCAUGAAGACCGAACUGAAAACGUAUCACAUUCGAAACGCCAAGGUCCUUGCACUGAACAUUGUUGCUGUAGAACCCAUCAUUGAUCCUACCAAAUUCUCAAGCUGGACACGUCUUGUCAUGGUUACAGCACGCAUCCUAUCGUUGAAGAAUUUGCCAAAGCAUCAAUGGUUAAAGCAGUUGAUGACGAGGAGCGCAGCAUGGCCAUCGAUGAGGAGAAUCAAAGAAGCUGAACUAUACUGGACCCGCUACGCUCAACAAGGCUUAGAUUUUGACCAGAGAAGCAUAAUGAAGCUCAACCCGUUUUUAGACGGCACUGCUCAAGUCUACCGCGUUGGUGGUCGGAUCGAUAAGGCACCAAUUUCAUACGAUAUGAGACACCCGUACCUUCUACCAAAAUCGAGUCACAUCUCUCUCCUCAUAACUCGCGAAAGACAUCGACACGCCUGCCACAGAGGACAGAUCAAGACAGUUGCUGAGAUACGUAAAACCCACUGGAUCAUCAGAGACGUCAAGUUGGCGAAGGUAACCAUACGAGAUUGCAAGAUCUGCAUUCGCAACCGAGGGAAGGUACUCCAAAAGCAGAUGGCUGACUUACCGUUCUACAGAGUGAGACCAUUCACUCCAGCAUUUCAUGUCAUGCUAGUUGACUAUCUCGGCCCUGUUAUCGUCAAGGUCAACUGUAACACAGUAUCGAAGGGAUAUGGCGCUGUCUUCACUUGCGCUACUGUACGAGCUGUCCACCUCACCUGCGUUCAGGACUUGACUACCGAGGCUUUCCAGCAAGCAUUGGAACGAUUUGUUAGCAUCCGAGGAGCCCCGGCCAAGAUGAUCAGUGACAACGCCACAUGUUUCCGAGGAGCCAAUAAGGAAACUCGGCAGCUCCAUCUCCAAUUAGAUGAAGACAAAGUACGUGAAGCCAGCCUAAAGUUCCGAAUUGAAUGGAAAUUUGGUCCACCCGAUGGCCCUCACCGCCAGGGGGCUGUUGAGAGAAUGGUACAGGAAGUCAAGCGCGCCAUGAAGACGAUGGUCAAUUCCGACAAACUCACAUUUGUGGAAUGGGAAACAAUGUUCGCACAGAUUUCUGCCUUGAUAAACUGUCGUCCUCUAACUGCCGUAUCAUCGUCACCAGUCGAUGAUCAGCCUGUCACGCCAAACCACUUUCUCAUCGGUAGAGGAGAACUACAGUCGCCACAAGUGCCAUGCAAGCCUUUUACCGGAAACCAUCACAAACGUCGCCAGCUUUGCAACAACAUGGUAGACAACUACUGA